AUGAGGCUCUGCAGGAAGCUGUUGAAUCACAUCCGUCUACAGGUACUCGUGAACUUGCCAGGGAGUGUAAAAAACAGCAAUAGAUUGGUCCCUCACGAACUUACUCCUCAGCAAUCAGCUAAGAGGUUAGAAUUUUGUGAAAAUUAUUGAAAAGCCCUCCUGAUACUCCUGCCUCAUCCACCAUAUAGUCCAGACCUCGUACCAUCGGAUUACUACUUAUUUAGAUCCAUGACUCAUUUUCUUCAAGGAAAAAAAUUGAUAAUUUUGCGAAAGUUGAAAUUGCGGCCCAAGAGUUCUUUGACAGCCAUCCUAAAGAGUG